UAAGUGCUUAAACCAUAAUAUCCGGUUGUGAUGUAAAUAACACUCCUAGCUAGUAGUAAGUAGAUCUAGUAGUACCUGACCUGUCUAUAAAUUUUAUUAGCAAUGGCAUCUUACAACCAGCAUCCCCCACCAGUGGACAAUGCACCUCCUCCAUAUGGAUAUGGAGUCCCUGCUAAUAAUCAAUAUGGAGUCCCUGCUAAUAAUCAAUAUGGAGUCCCUGCUAAUAAUCAAGGAGGAUAUCCCCAGCCUCCACCUCCUGGUUUUAAUAUACAGUCUGACCCCUACAACCAUGGCUAUGAUCAAUUUAAGACAGAUAGUCAACAUGACCCAGAGGCAGCUGUUGCUGUUCCGAAGGCUACAGAUGACUGGAAUGCAGGAUCGUUUUCUGACAAAACUAUCCGCAGGAGGUUUAUUCUUAAGGUGUAUGCCAUUCUAUUUGCACAACUAUUGGUCACCUUUGGAACAAUCUGUCUGUUCAUAUUUGUUAAACCAAUCAAACUUUGGGUACAGAACAACCUGUGGUUCUACAUCUGUGCAUAUGUGUUGUUCCUGGUCUUGUAUUUGACAUUGAUUUGUUGCCCAAAUGUCAGGAGGAAAUACCCAAACAAUUUCAUCUGUCUUGGCCUGUUUACUUUGGUGUUUUCCUAUAUGACUGGCACGAUUAGCAGUUUCCACAGUACAGAGAUUGUGUUGAUUGCUGCUGGUAUCACGGCUGCAAUUUGCCUUGCCAUUUCACUGUUUGCUGUCCAAACAAAGAUUGACUUCACACUAUGCAGCGGCCUGUUGUUUGUCCUAGUUAUGGCCUUGUUCUUCUUUGGUUGGUCCUGCCUGAUUGUCUACUACGCACUGGGCUAUAACUAUAUCUUAGAGUGUGUUUAUGGAGGGUUAGCUGCCCUUGUCUUUGGUUUGUUUUUAAUCUACGACACGCAGCACAUUGUCGGUGGCAGGAAGUACGAGCUCUCCCCUGAGGAGUACAUCUACGGUGCCCUUCAGCUUUACCUGGACAUCGUCAAUCUGUUCAUCAUCCUGCUCGGGCUCAUGGGCAAGAAGUAACAACCCUCAUUACAGGGCUGCCUCGAGCUGACAUGCUCAACUCCUGUACAACAGGCAUAGCCAAAAUGAUGUAAACUAUUAAUAGUAGUUUUUGUUUAAACAAAUAAGUUUUUAAAAAAGGGGAGUUAACUUAUAGCAUGUAUGUCUCUAAGCUUUGUUGAUGUAAAGACAAUUAUGUUUUAAUGUCUGCAGAGUUUGUUUUUUUAAAAGUUAAAAAUAUAAAUGAUUCAAAAUUAAAAUGAUUCAAAUUAUGAACUAAGUUUUUAAAAUAAAUAUAAAACCUUGUUCAGUUUAUAAUUGUAUGCAAAAGGAUGUCCCUUUUAUAAGAGUUCUGUGUUGAUAAUAAUAACUUUUUAAUUGUUAACUUGUUUCAUUAUCUCCAAUGUUUGCAAACAUGCAGUUUCAUCUUCAGGUCCUAUUUUUUUAAAGGUAUAGCCUGUAUCACCCCUAACUCUAUGUUGAAAUACACACUGGCACUUUCUUUUUUUUUUGGUAAAAAUAACCAUUGACACACCAAAACCUGAUUGUCAUUAUCUGGGGUGAAUACUACACUUCAGUGAUGUCUUUUAACUUUCUAUAAUAUUACAUAACAGUGGCGUAGCUAGGACUUUGCAAUCAUUUGGGGCCCUGGGGGGGGGCUUGGACUGUUUGGGGACCCUACAUUUCGCAUAAUAUUUAAUGUAAAAAAAAAAAAAAAAAUUUCCCGCUAAUUAUGCCACUGGUAUAACAUAUUACAUAACAUAUUAUUUCUUGUUGGUAGUUACAUCUGAACUGAUAUAUUUAAAAUGUUAUCUUUAUUGGUCAUGAAAAGGUUUACUUUUGAGAGUUUUGACUCACUGCUGUAAACAUUCUUGUACACAAUUUGUCAAGUCUUGUACACGUGGUUUGUCAACUUGCCUUUUAUUCCAGCUUUCAUUCAUUAGAUUUGUACAUAAAUGAUGUAAACAUAUUUGAUUGUACCAUUUUAUCAACUAACUUUUGCUAUUUCUCUCUUCUUUUGUUGUCCUCAUGUUUGCAUAAUUAUUCUAUUCAAUUUAUUUCUGUAACUUACUAAGCACAAAAACAUUUUUCUAGUCUGGUUUAUUUUUUCAAAAUUUGUUUACUAAUAAGAUUUUCAACUCCUAUAUUUUGUGAAACAGAAAAUGUUUUCCAGAUUGAUUGCCGAGUAGCACCUUCAUGCACUUUUCAAAAGUUAUCAAAUUCACGCUGUUUAUAUGGUAAUUGAGGGAGGUUGAUGGUUUCCACUAUUAUUUUUCAAUUUUGUUGGAUGAUAAAUUAUUACAGUGAUAGUUGAACUAAUGAUUAGAUUCAUAUUUUAUAAGUUAAUUAAAUAACAACACAAUUUUUUAAAAUGAGAUUCUAUUAUUUCUUGAUAGACAAGAUUUUGUGAUUGUCACAAGUAUUAUUAGUAUUUUUUAAUAUAUAUUUUUUAUGAUAUUUAUGCUUUUAUGGCACACCAUUAGUCUCCCUUUAUUGCCAAAGGAUAAUUAUUGAUUACUGGCCUUUAGUCAGUCUCGCAUAGUUUUAGCUUUUAGUCAGUCUUACAUAGUCAUAUAGUCAUACUGUCAUGAGAGGCAAGGUGGAAGUAUUAGUCUUACCUUGACACAGUUAUUGGCCUACUACACAGGUAUAUUUGUGGUAGGAUGUAUUAGUCAUGUUCACACACAAAUGUCACUGACAAACAAAAGUACAAAAAUCUUUUGAAAUGAAGGACAGAUGUUAUGAAUGUGUUGGGUUAGAGCCCUUGAUUUUAGAAAAUUGCCUGGGAUGAACUUCGAAUGAUAAUAAGUUACGAUGGCCUAGGCCUCCUAUAGUGCUCUGCAAGAAACUGCAUAGCGCCCCGAAAUCUUAAACUACCAUAUGGCUAGACUUUCUUACAAUGAGGAAUGGGGUUAUAAGAUUUUUUGUUAUAUCCUCAGUGUCUGAACUGUGACAGACUAUUAGAGUUCAGUUCAUUGGUGCCCACCGCAGUCAACCCAGCUUUGCCCAUUAUAGACACCUGUAAAUCAGCCUUGUCCCAGGAGAACCCAGCCAGUCCCUGAGAGCCAGUGUCUCUCUUACUAACCGUUGCGCAUCUCUCUUACUAACCAUUACAGGGGGCACAACGGGGUGGGGGGGUGUAUGUACAUAACCCUUUCUUUGACAUUUUACAUACCCUGCUGGCGCUAAGGUUGUAGCGAGCACAAGGUCCUCUUGGCCAUCCCACUGAGUGCUAAUGGGGUCUUUGACCCAGAAAAUGAAAUGCGCUGGAACUGGAAUGUCGUGUUACAGAAAUGUUGUCCAUAUCACCAAAGUUUUCUGAAUGUAUGAUUUUCUGAUAUUUAAAACGACAUGUUAAUUUUGUAUUGUAAUUUAUUUCAAUAUUGUACUUUUCUCAAUUUUGGUCACAAACAUUUUAUAAUGCUCUAUUCAAAGUACCCUAAACCAAACUUGUUUGUGUAUUUUUUUAUAUAUAUAUAAAAAAAAUAAUUUUGCUUCUUUUUUUUUUUUUUUUUUUUUUAACAUAAAAACUUGUACUCCUUAUAUUUUUCUUAAUUGUUUUUAUUGUAAAACAUGUUUUUAGUUUUAAUGUAUUACAUUUUUCUGUUUUUUUUUACUCCAGUUAGUUUUGUGUCUCCUAAAAGUUAUCAAUUUGAACCUCUAUAAAUUAUUAAAAAAUGUUUUCCCGAAUCAUAAUUAAGAAAAUAUUUUGUUGUAAUAAUAAUAAUAAUCUUCAUUGUCCGUAUGGAAAUUUGUCUUACAAUUUGUGCAUUACACCAAACAAAAAACAUUAUAACUCUAAGAAACCAAAGUGUACAUUCACAUCCGCUACAUGAAAAUACCAAGCCAUUCAAAAGAAUUUUUAAAUUUCAUUUUACAUGUUUCGGGAGUUUCUUCAGAAUUGAGGAUUAUUACGUGCUAGUCAAAGCCUCUUGCAGGAUUGUGGGGGAUGGCAGAGAGUGGGGCUUACACCUGGGACCACCGAGAUGACAGUCCAGAUGGCAUAGCAUAGCAGAUAACCAGACAGCCAUCCCCACCAGGUGGCCAUUUGUAAAUGAAUAAGGGUGGUUAAAGUAAAAGUAGGAUCCUAAAAGGUUAUUAAUAUUGGUUUAGAGUAGUCAGGGGCAGAUAACUUUGUAUGUAUAUUUACUUGAAAUGACUUACUUCCCUUUCACAUUCCCAUCUGCAGAGAAGCUUUGUCUUAUCUGUAUUUUUAAAGUCAGACAGACACUUGUUCUAAACUCUUGUAAUAGCUUUACCAGUUGUUAUCAAAGUUGUUAGAAAAAAAUAUGUUCCUGUAUUCAUAUGUAUAAUUACCAAAAAAUAGUCAUCUGUUUAUUACUCUAAAAAUUGAUUAAAAUAAAACUUUUGGUGAGAUUAUGAAACAUUUAGCAUUACUUUUACCAAAUAGUCUUCAUAUUUACUGUAUUAAACCUAUAUUUAUUUUAUUUUUUUAUAAUCUUUAAGUUGGCCAUUAAAAUAUGUAUUGUCUAUUUGUAACCUAUUCAUAAAUAUUUAUCUUAAACUUCGGUUGAUACUUAUUUUGACCCCAGAUUUGGUCGUUUUAAAUUUCAAGACUCCUUGUGUUGUACUACUGGUUUGCAUUUACAUGGUAUAGUAGGUCACCCAUUGACUACGUAGGUCAUUAUUGACUAAUCUAGGUCACUAUUGACUCUUUGGGCCAUUGUUUGUUGAUAUUGUUUGAAUAGUCUUGAAAAUGUGAUAUUUGUAUUGCUAUACUGGUCAUUGUCUUUGUAUUGGACAAAUAUUAAUCUUGUAUUUGUGGCUUAUUUGUUAUUAAAACACCAGCAACAGUC